AAACUACAAUACGAGCAAGGUGAGGCAACCUGCGCAAAGGGCAAACUACGCAGAUAUAAAACGUGAACAUCCCUGCGAUCCGUAUUCCGACGCCGGCGCCGCUAUAGACAAUAUCUACACGAAUAUCUUGAACACUAUGACGAAAUUGUUGCUCGUUUGCAUAGCAGCAGUAAGCUGCGUACACGCCGCUCGGCUAGACCACCUAGUGCCCACGGGCUACGGCGGCGCCCGCGCAGGCUACGAUGCCACGCCCUUCCACUUCGAAAAUGUUAACAACGGCGAUGGGAACUAUCGCUUCAGCUACGACACACCAGAAGGCACAUCAGCUCACGAGAGUGGCUCCCCUCGGGCCCAGGGGCCCGAAGGCCCCGCAGUGACAGCUGAAGGAGGGUUCUCGUUCCGCACCCCUGACGGCCAGCAGGUGUCGCUCACCUACACCGCGGACGAGAACGGCUUCCACCCCACCGGCUCCCACAUCCCCACCCCGCCACCCAUCCCUGAAGCCAUCCUCCGCUCCAUUGAGUUCAACAGGCAGCAUCCUUCAUCUGACGGAGGUUCUUACAACGGCGGCGGUAGGAACAACUACUACUGAAAACGUACUAUGAAACCCGGUGCAUAAGAAUAAUGUUGUAUCUGACAUCUUUCUUAUGCUGUACCUCAAGCCAUGGACUGUGAUAUCAAGAUUAUGUACAAUUACGUAAACAAUGUUGCUAUUUAUUGAAUGGUAUAUUUUAUCUCACUGUUAUUAUACUUAUGAAAAGAUGUACUUUACUAAUGAAUAAAGAAAG